UCGCGUGUCAGAAUCGCGUUACGUCCACGGUGCCGUAGUUCAGUAAGCGUCGCGACGCCCACCGCGCACGUUGCAGCGUGCACCCGUCCUGCCGCGUCCUGUUCUCAGGGAGUGCGCCAAAUUUAGGGGUGCUCUUUCGAGUUCUAACAUCGAAGCCUCACCGUGCAAUUCAAAUAAAUUCAAGAACACCAAAAAAGACGCCUCGCGUUAUUCUUUUAUUUUUUUUCAUUUUCCUUUCAAAGUUAAAUUAUGGGGUCCGAUGGGUGCUGAUGGACAUUUCCGGGUGACCUUGUCCCUCAGGAGGGAACCAGGUGCCGGUCCAGUUUACUGCAAGAUGGAAACAUCGGCGAGAUUUCGGCAGUUAAAGACCGUCAAACUGAGCUGCGAGGCAACGUAUCGGCUCGACAUCAGCUUCAAACCGCCGCAACUAUUGGAAUCCCUCAGCAUUGGUGGUAAACAAGUGGAAACGAUCGAGCGUGCACGAGACGGGACAGCUUGUGCCUACAGUGCUUAUCACAGCACGAAGGGUAUACCUGCGAGUUCUCGUGGCCACCGUGAAGAAUUGCCCAUUGCCAUGCGUGUCCUGGGCUCCGGUUAUCUCAGCACUUGUUUGCAGAUCAAGUACUACCGGCAAGAUGAUCAGAGCCACUGCGAAUGGGGUGCCAGAUUACACUGCAUCGAGCUAGACUGUUCUAGCGUUGAAGGUAGAUUAGUCACUGUAGACCGGGAGACUUACAGAAAACUCGGUAUAGAAUCCUAGCAGUCUGUAGGCGUUAAUGUUAUGAAAGCUAUUACAUAACGAUAAAUGAUAUAUUCGUUUUUUCCACGAUCGUACGAUCGCGGCUUCUUCUUGUUCAUACUAAUCGGUUCAGUUUGUAAUUGAAAUCGUUCGAUCAGAUUUGUAUGGAAUUUCAACACGGGAAACGUAUGUAUGCGGUAGAAUAUCGAGUUUCUUCGUACGAGAACGUAAUAAAGUAACGUGAAUGGUUCUGACAAGUUCCGUGACAUUGAGGGAAGUAAAGGAAGGCGUUCUGUGGCAUAUCGAUCGCUUUUUACAGCAAGAAAAUCGGAAUCAAAUGUUAUAACUCCUUUUGGUCCCUUAACGAUUAAAUGAAUAAUUGUUAUUAAACGCUCGUCCGAAACAUAAUUUCAACAUAUUUUUCUAUAUUAACAAAUACAAGUUUUUACAUGUAUAUGUAUGUAUGUAUCAAAAGUAUACAUGUACAUAUAUAUAAUAUAAAUUGAUAUAACAGACAGAGUCAAAUAAAAAGACAAUUGUAUUCUGUUUCUAGAAUUGCGUUUGCGAGGAUUUUUAAUAGAUAAUACUCGUUAAGGUAUCGAGUAAGAAAAUACAUUAUAUAAGGAUUUAUUAAUGUAUUAUAGACGCUAAUGAAUGACGAUGAAACUGCGUUCAAACAUGUUCAUAAAUAAAUUAUAAUUGACAAAUAUUCGGAUGUAAAUUUCUCGCGCGAUAAGUUGAUAGAACAAAAGAAAGAAAGAACAUUAUAAAUGUGUUGUAACUAAAUGAAAGUCUAACGUAACUUUAGUACGAGUCGCCGAUCGAUUAGACUAUUAUUUUAGAGGAGCUGCGAUUUAAUCUCGGAAUUUCCAAGUCGUUUUCGUCGACGGGAAGGGAAGUUUAUACAAUCUAAUGUAUUUAAACACGAAACUUACAGCACAUAAUGGUAAUUUGUAUGACGUGUUAUUCGAGACGCGGUGAACUAUUAAUGCUACCGCAUAAUUACCGCUACAAUUACUGUUCGCAUUACCUGUUGUGUUCCGUUCAAGUAUGAAAUAUUUAAUUUCCCGUUCAGUUGAACAAGUUCUAUACUUUCUUUUCGAGAACGCGAUUAAAAGACGUCAAAAUUAUACACAUAAUUUCCUUAUUGUUACGAAAUUAUUGUAAUAGGUAAUGAUACAGCUAGAUCUUUUUCUGGGAUGUAUUAAAUGCGCCGUUAUGCGAAUAUUGUAUGUACAUUAUUUAUUUAAAUAUUUGUAAUAAAAAAGCUUAUGUAUAUUCAGAAAUUGUAUAU